UAUUAAAGAGAAAUGUCAUUAAUUGUAUAAAAGUCUUGGCAUCAUCAGUAACGAACUUGAGGUACCAAAAUGUGAAGUGCACAAUUUCUCAACUACUGACCAGCAGUUCCUGAUCAUUAUUAACAACAUGGCAGUUUUCAAGUCAAUUGGAGAAUUAUGUGACGUAGUUUCCGUUGUAGUUUUCUGCAACAUUGACAGCACAAUGAUGCUUACUGUGGACAAUUUUGAACAUUGGAUUCCAUCUGUGAAAGUACUACCAGGUCAAAUGUGGGAACGAACUAUUGCCAAAGAAGUUAAUGAAAUUUUUGAUGGUUCCACUGUUGACAGAGUCUUAAGAAUUUAUAAAAUAUGGAUACCAAGACAUACUCAACAAUUUUUGCUGCAUGUUGUUUUUGAAUUGACUGUAGAUGCAGGAGUGAAAAAUAAAGCCAAAAAUACUAUGGGAAAGUAUCGAGGGAAACUCCGUUGGGUGGCGGAAGCAGAUUUGACGAAAUUGGCGACGAACAACAACUUGAAGAGCUCCGAGUUACUCGAUUUGUUUUAUCUUGUUAAAAGGAACAAAAAUCCGCCCCGGUCUCAUCCUGAAGACAGCGUAUUUGUAGAGAACUUGUGUGAAACUGCUGACGACAUUCUCGUAUCAGGAAAAGGAAAUAUUUACAAUCAGUUAGUUGAGGCAUCCGGAAUAGAUAAGUUAGCUCAGGAGACUAUUUUACGGGAGUUCAUAUUCAUGGUUUAUCCAGCCAGCUACAUGAGUCAGAGGGUUUUCGCUAAAUUCGUUGUGGAAUUGGGUUGGCCUAAAGAACACACUGGAUAUCUUUUCAAUGCAGCAGAUCUGAACAUGCGCAAUGGAAUUUCCUUCCGGGAGUUUCUAUAUUUCUUGGCGUGCAUAGAUCCCAACACUGCUCAUGGUGGAGCCGCCGCUGAGAUUCGAUGUAGGUAUAUGUUCAGAUAUUAUGACAGAGAUAGAGAUGACUUUCUCAAGUUCGAUGAAAUGAAAAAUAUUGUUCUGGAUCUAAGAAAAAGUAAAAAAAUUUCCACCGAUGCUGCUGGUGUUGCGAAAGAAACAGCAGAAACGUAUAAGGCUAUGGGUAUACCUGACACUACACCUAUAAACGUGAUGGAUUUCUUGAAAGCUAUAUGUGAUUUGAAAAUUAGAGGGACUUCAACGAUUUUCAGGUCGAACGUUGGGAUAAUCAAAUAUCUUAAAGAUUCCAGUGAAAAAAGUGCAGUAAAAAUGGAUAUGGUAUCAGCUCGAAACUUGACAGAAAAUCUAAAAGGUAGAGUGCCUGCUGUCCAAACCAAAAAUGUAGACUAUGAAGUGGCUGUACAUACUGUGAAAAUCCAGAAAAGUGGACAGGCUAUCAAUAUAGACGAAAUGAAACUAAUUCAAGAGGCCGUUUCAUUGACAACAUUGAAACAACCCGUGAAUGAACAAACACGGAGGAUUUCAAUGGAUCUGUUCAGUCAGCGAUCUGUUUCCAAUGAGGUAUUGAAAAGUUUGAGAUAUUUAACUUCAAUAAAUAAAAUCAAGGAUCCCAAAGCUAGCUACACGUGGGGCCAACUCGAUACUGUUAUGUUCGGAAGAAAUCUCAUCAACAUUUGUAAUCAAGUUCGGGAAAUAUUCAGAGUAGAAUCAAGAUUACUUGAGCUGAGUUCACCUAUUUAUAUUAUGGGUGACUUACAUGGCAAUGUUGCUGAUCUUCUAUAUUUUGAAAGAGUACUUUGGCAUAUUGGUCCAGGUUUGAGUCCGUCUAAUCUCCUCUUUCUCGGGGAUUACGUUGAUAGAGGGGCAUAUAGUAUAGAAGUUAUAUCCUACUUAUUUUCUUAUAAGUUGCAGAGCCCUAAUAAAGUUAACCUGUUGAGGGGAAAUCAUGAGAUCCGUGAAGUACAAAAGAUGUUUACUUUCUAUAAGGAAUGCAUUCUGAAAAUGGGUGAGAAGCUCGGAAAUGAAGUGUGGAUGGCAGUAAACAAUGCCUUCGACACAAUGCCUGUUGCAGCUGUUAUUGAUGGAAAAUUAUUCUGUUGUCAUGGAGGAGUUCCUCCACCAUGGCUUUGUCCCGUUAUAAGUGCCAUAAAUGAUAUUCCUGUACCACUGAGUCAACCUGAUGCCCAGAGUUCUUUAGCUUGGGAGUUGAUGUGGAAUGAUCCCGUAAGACCCAAGACUGUGAACGACAAACUGGCAAUGGAGUUAUUGGCAAAUGAGGGUUUUGCAGUCAAUGUGCGAAGAGGAACAGCCCACAUUUUUAGUGUAGAAGCCCUGGAAAGAUUUUUGAAAGCAAACCAGCUAACACAUCUUGUGAGAGCACAUGAGGUAGCCCAAGCUGGAUUUCAGGUUCAACAAAAAGGGAAAUUGCUAACGGUUUUUUCUUCAUCCAAAUAUUGUGGAGGACAAAACGAUGCAGCAUGUGUUAUGGCAGAUCAAGGAAAGCUCAGGAUAUUGAGAUUGGAAACUGACUGAGAGUAACAGUUCAUCAUGAAGAUUGUAAAACACCAUUUUUGGAAUAAAUACAAAAAGUGUAACUACACA